AUCAUGUUAAACUACCAAUCUAAAUGUAUUUUUUGAUCAUUUUUGGUGAUACACCAACACAAAGCAGUUUUGAAUAUAGAGAAGAAUGUUUAAGUUUAGUAUCAAAUCACCAGAGAACUUUUUUUUUUUUCGUUUACAUAUUUGGAGUAUUUCCGACAUGGCUUGGAACAAACUGCAAACAAGACUUCUUUCAAUAAUGGUUACUUUUGCCAUUUUUACUAAAAAGCUGUGCAAUUUUGGCAGCAAUUAGACACAGAAACAUCCACUUAUUUUAUCAGUAAAUGUUGAAAACCAUGUAUCAUUUGCCUUCCUCUUCACAAUUAAGCUCUAAUUUUUAUUGAUCUCACAUAAAAUCCCUAAUAAACAUGAUAAAAUGUGAAAAAGUUAAAGGCGCACAUGCUGGGUAAAGUAAAUUCAUCUUUCUUGUAUUUAUUUUUUCCCAAGUGGGACAGGUAUGUAUGUAUUUUGUUGGGUGAUUAUCUCCAGUGAAUGGGGAAGAGGAUGCACUGAGACUAUCUGGACAGGUCAAUAGUUCAUGGGAAGAAACCAUGAACCAUCUGAUGAUGUCACACCAAAGGGCAAAAUAGUGUGUUCAAUACUCCGGAGGUCUUUUCAGAUCAUGACUUUUUUGCGGGUGAUUUUUGAAAAGACUCACCAUUCAUUAAAAGCACAUAUUCUUCCUUUAUUCUUCUAAGAGAAAUGUACAUCUGUUUAUAAGACUUUCGUUAACCCCUCUAGAAACUCGGAGCAAGGAGGGACACUGAAACCUCUCAUUUGGGCAACAUGCCUUUCAGUCCUACACUUUGUCUUAAGUGACUGUGUAAACAUCUAACGCAAACUGCUGAUAGGAAUAUUUGCUCUGAUCAGAUAUUGUGACUUUUUAGUCUACAGGCUCAUCUUGUCAUCUUGCUGUGACAAAAAGAAGGGAGUGGAAAAUACCUGCACUAAGCACUCCACUCGCCCUCUCACUCUCUCUUUCCUUCCUUUUCUCACGUUUUCUCAAGCCAGAAUUGACGUGUUUUGAAGACGUAUUGUUCUUUCACUAAAUCGUACAUAGUUUUCUAUGAGACAUCAUUCAGGAAUGAUGUCUCAGAAACAUUCUUGAGACCCUGAACUUCAAGGGGUUGUAGUCCAAACCCUGUUGGACUACAAAUUGGCCAAUCGACGAAAAUAAGGGGCGUCGCUUAACAGGUAGCCCCGCCCCUUUCCGCCAGAUCAAAAGGCCCGUGCAGCCGGACUGUGACGCAGAGCAGCACAUUCGCCAGGAGGCAACAGGUGGGAAGAUAACGCGACGGGAUUCAGCGUCGGUUCAACACGAGCGACACUAAAGGUUGAACUGCUGGGGUCUUGCCUGAAAUGGAGUUUUUUAAUCUUAAGACGUCUGUUGCACGCAUUUAUGAUGAGUUCAUCCAAAAUGCAGAUUCACGGACAGAGCAAUGGCUGCUCAUGUCGUCUCCUCUUCCCCAAACCAUCAUCAUCGCAGCUUACAUCUACUUCGUCACGUCACUGGGCCCUCGAUUGAUGGAGAACCGGAAAGGCUUUGACCUGAAAGGAGUCCUUAUUGUCUACAACUUCAGUGUGGUGGCUUUGUCACUCUACAUGUGCUAUGAGUUUGUGAUGUCAGGUUGGGGAACAGGAUAUUCAUUUCACUGCGACCUUGUUGACUACACUGAAUCGCCGCAGGCUAUGAGGAUGGCAGCAACAUGCUGGCUUUACUACUUCUCAAAGUUCAUCGAGAUGCUUGACACGAUCUUCUUUGUGCUCAGGAAAAAGAACAGCCAGGUGACAUUUCUUCAUGUCUAUCAUCACUCCAUCAUGCCCUUCACCUGGUGGUUUGGUGUUCGUUUUGCUCCAGGUGGAUUGGGAACUUUCCACGCCCUUCUGAACUGUGUUGUCCAUGUCAUCAUGUAUACAUACUACGGGCUGACUGCCAUGGGCCCCAACUACCAGAAGUACCUCUGGUGGAAGAAGUACCUCACUACCAUUCAGCUGAUCCAGUUUGUCAUGGUUACCACCCACAUCUCCCAGUACUUCUUCAUGAAAGACUGCCCUUACCAGUUCCCCAUCUUCAUCUACAUCAUCGGCCUGUACGGCCUGAUUUUCCUGUUCCUUUUCCUCAACUUCUGGUACCACGCCUACACAAAGGGCAAGAGGCUGCCUAAAGUGCUGCAGGCUCAGACCUGGGCUCACCACACCAACGGAGUCAUGAAUGGAAAUGUAGAUCAUGACAAAUACCAGUGAUUCAUUCUUCUGGUGAUUUUUGGGGUUGACAUCCUUCACACAAUCCAACCACAGUGGUGAAGUGGGAUGCCACCCAAUUUUUGUUCUUGUUUUUGGACUAUUUAUGUUGGCUGUUUUCUAUAUCUGUUGUUAUAGACAAUCUUUAAAUUAUAGCCAAACCUGACCUUUACCUACAAUAUUGAAAGGCUAAAAGCUUUUACUUGACCUCAGUUUAUAUUGAACGUGAUAUUUUGCUACAGAGACUUAAAUACAUGUUUUUUUUCUGUUAGUCUCAAACUAACCAUAGAGCUGCUGAAGGUGAAAUUGGAUGACCCUCAGUUGUAUAGACUAACUGGAGUUUGUUGAAAUUUCAUUCCCAUCUUUUCUUCUCAGAAUUCAAUUAUCUUUCUUCGUAAGUGGUGCACUGAGAUGUUAAAGUUUGUUUAUUUCACUUGCUCUGACAACAAUGUCAGCAUGCUAACACACUGUUUACUUUUGGUAAUGCACGUAUGGUCACUUCUCCACAGCAGCUGCCGAUGGUACAGACAUGCAGUGAAAAGCCAAGUCUGAUUGGAGUGGCAUCGGUUUUCAUUCCUGUCUCCGUUCUCCUAUGAAGCAACGUUGUGAAUCCCCAGUGUAAACCUAUUGGACUGCCGUGGUUCUUAUAGGAUCCAGAACCGACCUAUCAAACCACAGCCGCAGUCUUUAUCAAGGCAUACUGCACAAUAACAAUGAAUUUUUAGGCCGAGCAUUCUUACUUUUGAGCGGUGUGCUAAUGAGGUUUUCCAUAGUUGGUACCUUUGACUGUCAGUUUUAUAUCUACUGAUCUUAACUGUGAUCAUGAAUGUAACACUAUGGUGACUGAGGACACAGGAUUGAGCUUUGUGUGGAAGGAGUUCCACCUUUUAAUGAAGCACAAACCAUCCCAAAAGGUUUACAGAUGAGUCUUUUUUUUUUUGUUUUUCAAAUCAGUUUAUACCAAUGAACAAUACUGUAAAGAAACUUGUUUAUAUUGUAUUUUAUAUGUAUUUAUGUAAAAAUAAACAAUGAUUGUACUUGAAA